CAAAUAUCGUUUGCCUCCCUUGUCUUCACUGUGCACAUUAAAAGUGUAACUCGUCGCCGCAGCCGGCUAAGGGCCAAGACGAAUUUGUAGUUUGACAUAUUUGUUUGCUUCUUCUGCAACUUCCUCUUUCAAAGCCAGCAAGCUAAUAACGUUCUCUAUAGCUGUGUCACCAAAGAACAGGUUUGUACGAGGACAAUGCUACCUAAACAAGUUCGGAGCCUUGUGAAUCUGCAUAAUUUAAAUAUGAAAAAUUUUAAUGCAAACAUUAUUGGUAUAAAUAAAUUAAAGCAUCCUUCUGGUUUGUUCUCUACUGGGUCGAUCUGCCCAGAAUUCCUGAGGAAGCUUAAGAAAAAUGAGCGGAAACCAUUGGUCACAAGCAUUAAUGAACUUAAGCGUUUAGCCAGGCGGGAAAAGAAACAGAGGCAGAUGGUGAAAGAGAAGAUUCUACAGCCUCCAGAAAAUGGAUUAUUGGUCAAGGAAUUGAUACCAAUUGCUCAUGAAGUUUAUACUGCCAGAACUGAAUUAUUUGCUUGUGUUUCACAGGUUGUUAAGAGUAUUGCCAUAUACACAUGCAGCUUCUGUGGAGAAGUUCAUGUUGGUCAUCCACCGCAUAAGAUCAGAACAUGCAAUGUUGCAGGUAGCCCAGCAAACAAAGAACACAGUUGGAAUUUUGGGAAUAUGAAACAUAUUUUGCCUCUUGUAGAAUCUUUUCAUUUAUAUGAUAGGAUAGGGAGAGCUGUUUCUCAUAAUGAGAGGCUUGAAGUGGAUCGGAUUCCAGCAAUUGUUGAAUUGUGCAUCCAAGCAGGCAUUGACAUCUCUGAUUACCCAACUAGGAGAAGGGUUUUUCCCGCUUACAAUAUUGCGGGUAAAAUUAUAGAUUUUGAGAAAAGGUUCCCAAAAGAAGUUGCACCAGGCAAAGGCAUGGUCACAUCUGGAUUUUGGGGGAAGAGAAGGAAGUCAAGUGAAGAAAACAAGCUUCUUGACAUACAGUCUGCUGAUAAACUAGGUUCUUCCCUGCAGUGCCAUGUUCAGUGUCUUAGAUUACUUCUGGUCCCCCUUUAUAUAAAUCAUCUUUUAUUACUUUGUUUUGAUAACAUCUUCUCUUCUUCUAUCAGUCUGAUGUCACCUGGCUUAAUUAAUGAAAUUGCAUCCUGUUUUUUCUUCUACAUCCACCCAGAUGUUGCUGUUAGAGGUAUGGAGGCAUGGGAGAGAAUGCGGUCCGGAGCAUCCAAACUCAUGCAGAAGUAUGCUGUCCAAACCUGUGGAUACUGUUCAGAGGUCCAAGUGGGGCCUAAGGGUCAUAGAGUAAGGAAUUGCCAAGCUUAUAAGCAUCAGAUGAGGGAUGGGCAACAUGCAUGGCAGGAGGCAACGGUUGAUGAUUUGGUUCCUCCACUGUAUGUAUGGCAUGUACAAGAUGUAAAAAGUGGCAAACCACUGGUUAAUGAAUUGAAGAGAUACUAUGGUAUGUUGCCUGCUGUAGUGGAACUGUUUGCCCAGGCUGGCGCAAAUAUAACCGAUAAUUAUGCUGGCAUAAUGAGGGAAGACGUUGCAUUGCCUGAGUUGGAUGAAGAAAAGUGGGUUGUCUAAAGUUGUUUGGAUCAGAGUGGGAUGUAUAUUCAGAGGUCGACCUCUUUUUUGGUUACAAAUUGCUAAAAAAUGCAGUUGUACCACUUUGGGUUUCUCAGUGCAAAUUAUUCUUCUGCA